CCCAGUUUGGUCGUAGAGGUGGGUUGGAGCUGCGCGCUCCCGUGACUAAUUUCAUUGGAACUUUCUGCGGCAGAAAAAAGCCCGAUGUUUCCUGCUUCCCUCUCAUUAGUGAGGCGUUCAUGGGCAGCGACCAAAACACACUUUUGGUUUGAGUGGCCUUCAGGGGGCUUUAGCCUCGCCUCUGACGGGAAAUUGUCAGCUGUUCGGACGUUUUAAACGCUGCAGUUUGAAAUAUCCCCUCUGGAAGUAAGAAGAGGAGCGAGCGCAGCAUCAAAAUACUGUAAGCAGAGUCUAAGCAUGGGGAAUGGCCGCUUGUACAUUUGAAGCCUUACCCAGGAGAGCUCAUUACUUCAUGACCCAGGGCCUCUGAAUGCUGACAGACUCCAAGAUGGAGGAGCACUCCAGUUUCCCUAAUGUCAGCAUACCCUGCCACAAUGAGCAGAGGGACAAGAAGAAGCGUUACACAGUUUACAAAGUGAUGGUGUCAGUUGGACGACAGGAGUGGUUCGUCUUCAGGCGAUAUGCAGAGUUUGAUAAACUCUACAACACAUUAAGAAAACAGUUUCCAUCGAUGAACUUGAAAAUUCCGGCAAAAAGGAUAUUUGGGGACAAUUUUGACCCAGAAUUCAUCAAGCAACGAAGAGCGGGGCUGCACGAGUUCAUUAAGCGGAUUGUCUCACAUCCUCAGCUAUCCAGCCACGAAGAUGUAAGGAGCUUCCUUCUAAUGGACAGAAUGCACCAACUUUCAGAUGCCUCUGAGGAUGAGGAUGACAAACACAGCUCUACCUCCAGAAACAUUAACCUGGGACCCUCUGGAAAUCCACAGGCAAAACCUACAGACUUUGACUUUUUAAAGGUUAUAGGAAAGGGAAGUUUUGGAAAGGUUUUCCUCGCCAAACGAAAACACGACGAAAAAUAUUACGCAGUCAAAGUCUUGCAGAAAAAGGUUAUUCUCAACAGAAAAGAGCAAAAACACAUCAUGGCAGAGCGCAACGUGCUGCUGAAGAAUGUGAAACAUCCCUAUCUGGUCGGGCUUCACUAUUCCUUUCAGACCACAGACAAGUUGUACUUCGUCUUGGAUUUCGUCAACGGAGGAGAACUUUUCUUCCAUCUACAAAGAGAACGGACCUUUCCAGAACCCAGAGCAAAGUUCUACAUUGCUGAAAUGGCAAGCGCGCUUGGGCAUCUGCAUUCUCUCAACAUUGUUUACAGAGACUUAAAGCCAGAAAAUAUCCUGCUUGACCAUGAGGGACACAUCGUGCUGACGGACUUUGGGUUGUGCAAGGAGGGCAUUUCCCAGACAGAUACCACCUCUACGUUUUGUGGGACUCCUGAGUAUUUGGCUCCAGAAGUCCUUAGGAAGCAACCGUAUGACAACACUGUGGACUGGUGGUGUCUGGGAUCUGUGCUGUAUGAAAUGCUCUUUGGUUUACCGCCCUUUUACAGCAGGGACACACAUGAGAUGUAUGACAAUAUCCUCCACAAACCCCUAGCAAUGCGUCCUGGAGCCUCCAGCAUAGCCUGGUCUGUCCUUCAGGGUCUGCUGGAGAAAGAUUGCACACACAGACUGGGCUCCAGAGAUGACUUUCUGUCCACUCUUUCAUGUGCCCACCAUCCAUCCAACUUCCUUCCUUUCUUUGUUCCUAUCUUCCUUCUGUCUUUCAUCUGGUCCCUCCCUUUGUUCCUUCAACCCUUGCAUCCUUCCCUCCAUCGUCCGUUCCUUAAAGGGACAGAGAGGUCUGGAAAUAAUGAGAUCAAAACCCACAGUUUCUUCUCAUCAAUCAACUGGAAUGAUCUGGAACAAAAGAAGAUCCCUCCCCCAUUUAAACCUAAUGUGAACUCAUCCUGCGAUAUAACAAACUUUGAUCCUGAGUUCACGGAGGAGACGGUUCCCAACUCCAUCUGCUGGACUCAAGAACAUUCCAUUGUCAACGCCAGUGUUAUGGAGGCUGAUGAUGCCUUUUUGGGUUUCUCGUACGCCCCGCCCUCGGAUGACUCAUUCCAAUAAAGUCUCCCCAAUUGGGGGGGUGGGGGGGGUUAUUUGCCUUAAGGUUAUUUGCCUUAACCUUUGCAACAUGUUUUUGACUAAAGGGAAAAAGUUAUACAAAAAAAGGGGUUUUGUUGUUCUGUGAAGCCAAAGCAAGCAACGGAGAAUAACGUGCACUUAAAAGUGAGUUUGAUUGGAAGAAGGUCUUUAUAUUUUACCUGUUUUGUAUUUAUAUAAAUAUGUAUAACAGAUGCUAUAUUUUAGAAUGAAGCUAAUGUGAUUUCAGGUCUUUUCUAAAAAUGAGCCUCAAAAUUAUCCCUGAAAUAAAAUCAGUAAGCAGGUGUUUGAAAACUUGAAACAGUUCACUGUACUUUAAAAGAAAUAAUUUUAACUGAGAGAUUCAAUCGUGUUUGUCCAUGUUCUUAUUAGAAAAACUAAACAUGUUAAUAACACAGCUGUAUGAAGGUUCUGCUUAGAAAACCAGUGGAUUCAGCAUUUUGGUUCAUAGGUCAUACCAGUUCAGUUGCCUAACAGUUUCUGUUGUUUUCUUUUAUACUGGAAUAUUUGUUUGUUUUUGAUAUUAUCUUCUUCAACACAUCUGUUCAUAUUAGUUAAAGAUUCGCAAUGCUUGUCUUCAGAUGGCCUUCUGCAGUAAUGAUUAAAAAAACCAAAGGCAAAAAGUUCA